UGAGAAAAAGAGAAAGAGAAACCGUUGUUUAAAAUGGUAUUCACAGUCGAUGAUAAAUUACGAAUUUUUAAUGAAGAAUGCAACGAUAGUCGAGGUAUGAAAGAUGUCGAUCGUACAAAGAUAUUCUCGAUUCGAUAGUAGGAAAGAUCUUUGAUCAAAAUGUUGGAGGGACUCGUGGCUUGGGUGCUGAACAAUUAUCUUGGCAAAUAUGUAGAAAAUUUGAACACAGACCAGCUGAGCAUUGCAUUGUUGUCGGGGGAAGUUGAAUUAGAAAACUUACCUUUGAAACGCGAAGCUUUGCGUCACAUUGGAUUACCGAUGGAAAUUAAGGCCGGUUUCAUUGGUAAAGUUAGAUUACAAGUGCCAGUUAGGCAAAUAAGAACUGCGUCAUGGGUGAUAGGCAUAGAGCAGCUUUAUCUAGUAGCAGGACCAAUUAAUUUGGAUGAGUAUGACAACGAACAGGAGGAACAAGCAAUAUUAGAAUAUAAACUUAGUCGAUUAGACGCAUUGGAAGCCAGAUGGAGAGCUGACAUAGAACAUAAUCUUGGUUAUUACGCUUCAAGCUACAGUUCAUGGCUGAAUUAUGGCACAUCUCUAGUAACAAAUAUCAUCGAGAAUUUACAGUUGAACAUUAAAGAUGUUCAUAUUAGGUACGAAGAUGGUGUAACAUUAUCGAGUGAUAAUGGUAUUGCAUUUGGCAUUACAAUUGGAGCAUUAACAACUCAGAGUUGUGACGCUAGCUGGAUACCUAGUUCCACAUCUUGGAAUCUUACAGAUGCAUCUUUUAAAUUAAUGGAACUCGAUAGCCUUUCCAUUUAUUGGAAUCAUAUAAAAAAAGAUCAACUUUUUGGUGGUCUAAAUCUAGGUGAUUUAGCUAUUGCCAUGAGUGAAUCCAAAAAUAUGAUGAAAAAGCAUAUUUUAUCACCUGUAAAUGCAAGAGCGCAUAUUAAGAGAGACCGAACUGAACGUCCAUUGAGAUCUGUUAAUAAGCCACGUAUCAUAGUGGAUUUACUUUUGGACGAAGUACCAUUGUCUUUAACAGAUAUCCAAUAUGAAGAAAUAGUCAAAUGUAUCAAGGAACUCGAUCGCAUAGAUCGCCGUAAGCAACAGUGGCGUUGUAGACCGACAGCACCCAUUAAAAAGAAUUGUAAGGAGUGGUGGAAAUAUGCUGCUAGAUGUCAUCUUGGCAGAGAUACUCUUAAACCUAAACCAUCUUGGGAAAACCUUCUUCUUAGAGCCAGAGAGAACGUUAGUUAUGUUCAGGCGUAUGCUAAAUUAUUAGGUACACCUACUUCAAUUUUACCGCCGGAAAUUAAAACUUUGAAGGAGAAGGUUGAGAACGAGCGAAAUUUUGAUGAGCUUCGAGUGUUGAGAGAAUUGGCUAUGUACAAGGUGAGACCUGCAAAGUCACAACAGGAAUCUAAUACGAAAAUACCACAGGGACGUGGCAUGCUCGAACAGUGGUUUCCACAGUGGUGGGGUUGGUAUUCGAAAACACCUCACAGCAAUAACGGAACGCAAAACGGAGGUAGCUCAACUACCUUUGAUGGAGAAUUGCUGGACGUUUUGGCAGACACUAUGAAUGAUGAUACUCUGCUACGUCGCGACACAAUAUUCGGACAGUUUAAUUUUACUUUAGUGCAGGGUGCGAUAUCAUUGUGUACCGCGAAAAAUGGCAGUGAUGGUACAAAGACUGUGAUAGAACUCAAGUUUGAGAGAGUGAAUCUGAGUUACGAGUCACGACCUAGAUCCGGAUCGCACAAAUUCUCAAUCAGUUUGGGCGCAUUAUAUUUACACGAUUUUCUCACGGAGAACUCGACAUUUCCCAUCUUAGUGCAGCCACAAAUCAUGUCAAGCAGCACUUCUUCACGUGUCCGCAAUUUAUCCUCGGAAAAAAUAGUGAAACAAACAUCACACCAUCUUUUCGAAUUGGUUUAUGAGAAAAAACCAUUGCACGUCAAUGUGGAUCAUUUGCUGCACAUGUAUUCGCAAUCCUUGGACAUCGUAUACAAUCCUACUGUGAUAUAUUGGUUAAUAGACUUUAUAUAUAAACCGCACCGAUCGGCAUCGUCUAAUCAGCAGUUGCAAGCGAUGAAACGUCGAACGAGGAGACAGCUGAUUAAAAACUGGGAGCAGAUCCUGGACGGUGACUUUGUGUAUCGUUCGUCGUGGGAUUUACAAUUUAAAAUCUCUGCACCGCAGAUUUUGUUAGUGGAGAGCUUCGUCGAUUUUAACGCGGCCGUAAUAGUGGUCGAUUUUGGCAAAUUACAUUUAUCGAACUAUGCGGAUCUGAAUCAGGCAAUGCUAAAAACGGAAUCGAUUAACAGCGAUAAUGAUGAUGAUGAGGAAGAGAGGUACGAAACGCCUUGUUCCACUCCGCCGGGCAGCCAGGAAAAUGGUUCUCUGAAUGAUUUCCAAGCUUUAUCUGAGACGGAAUUACAUAAGAAAUUGUACGAUCAGUAUUCCAUCAAUUUGGUGGACUUACAGAUUUUGGUAGGUAAAGCGAAAGACAAUUGGAAGCACGUUCGCACGAGGAGUAUGUCGACUCUGCAUUUUCUCGAGCGUUUUAACAUAUCAUUGCAAGUCGAGCGACGUGUCUUUACUACUGCGGAUCCUAAUUUCCCAUCAGUCACGGUAUCCGGUAACUUGCCAAGAUUGGUAGUGCAUGUGAACGAGCAGAAAGUGGGCGCGAUACGCUUGAUGUAUAAUUUACUUUCAAGUUUCUCUAAUUCAGCCGGUAUUCCGCAGACAGAAGUCGUCAACGUAGAACCUGAGAGUCCCAAAAAGGAAGAGAAUCUAGAUCGCUCGUUGAGUCAUGCAGUGAUGGUACAGUUUAUCAUUGAUCAAAUGGCCUUCGAAUUGCAAUCGAGAGGUCGCAGUGUAGCAGAACUGCAAGUGUCCGGCGUUCGGGCAGCUCUCAGCAAAAGAAUGGCAGAUUUGAGCGUCUCUCUUUCUGUCCACGGACUGCUCCUGGUCGACGCUCUUCAGGAAUUUGGGCCUGACUUUGAAUUAUUAGUGGCCAGUCACAAGCACGUUGGAAUGGACAGUGUAUCCGGCAGUUUGAGAGAUUCGGAACCAACGUCUCCUGUCUCGCCAGAAUCGCCCGAAUCACCAGAUCUCACAAAACCACCGCGACUAACCUCGCCCGUCGCUCUAACCAACGCAUUGUCUACCUUGAUGAGCAAAACCAAGAUUCCAUAUUCGCCUAGAAAUAACUCAUCGGUCUGCUUGGAAAAAUUAGAUUCGGAAGCACUGAUUGUUAUAGAGUUAACGCUAGUAGAUGAUUCCACAGAAAACUUGAGAAUGGCGAAUAUACAGUUCAAUAAUCUGGAUAUUAUAGCCAAUCAGGAGACGAUAGUAGAAUUGCUGGGCUUCUUUCGAAGAAUAUUGCCGCUGCAGAAAUCGCGAUCGGCAUAUAUCGCGAAUCGCAACGACUCCUUGUCGAGUCAAAAUACAGAGACGAAAUUGGCAUUGACAAGAACAGAGAUUACCUUCGACUUUCAUCGUUUGAAUGUACUACUAAUGCGCGCGGUCGUGCAGGACAAUCAAUUAGUGGGACAAAAGAUCGCCACGGCAACCAUGUCAGACGCGCGUAUACAAGCGACAUUGGCCGCGAACACGUCAAUUUCAGGUUCACUUGGCGGUGUACAAGUUCUCGAUCAAACGCCAACCGGAAAGACUCAUCAACGGAUAAUCAGCGUGGGCAGGGAUCCACUGGCGGAUCCGCCGCAUCACCCGCUCGAACACUUUAGCGGUUUAUCCGAUAAUGAACAACCAGAAGCAUUCAGAUUCAUGGUUAACCGAAAUACUAGACAAGCUAGCGAAGAAGACUGCACCGAGAUCGAUCUCGAUCUUACCAUACGAGUGGCUAGUGUCUGGUAUAUUCAUGCACCACAUCUGAUAUCGGAGUUACGUUCGUGUGCCGACGAAUUCAAACAGUACUUGAGCAAUUUUGCGCGUCAGAUCGGUGCAGCCGCUACUGACAUGGCGAUUGGUUUAGUGAAUGCCGAUGAUUGGACUAUACCACCUCGUAAACGAUUACCCAGCGUUUCGAUCGAUCUAGAUAACACGAAUGGAUUAUCAUUAAGAUUGGACGUUCUUCUAGAAAGUCCGGUGCUCGUGAUACCACGCUCUUCUCAUAGCAAACAGGUAUUCGUGGCUCAUCUGGGUACGAUGUCACUGCGACACGAACCUCACUUAGGAUCUAUGGCAAAACAUAAAGUUACAUUGGAAGUGCGCGAUAUGAAUCUCUAUUCUCUCGAAGUGUCUACCAACACUGGACAGUCGCAGAACAAUCUACCGAUGAGGGCCGAGGAGAUGUACUCGUGUAAAGAGUCUGGUAGGCCGAUACUGCAUGACACGACGCUGAAGAUUUUAGUAGAAAAACAGAACACGUUGACUCAGAGUAUGAGCUUCCUGCUGGACAUUGACGAUUAUACAAGUAACAGCCCGAUUGUACAGGUAAACGGUACCGUAAUAACGCCACUGAAAGUAUCUCUAUCGCGUGGCCAAUACGAGCAAUUGCUUGAUACCUUUCAUCGAUUAUUCUCCAUGCCCGUAGUGACUACUGCCGCGGUCUCAACGGAAUACGAUGAUUCCGAUGGAGCGUCUGAUUAUUCGGAUAAGCUUGAUCUCUGCGUUAAAGUCUCGUUCGAGCUGCCGAUUCUCAGUGUCGAGCUGAAACAGACGCACUCUGAGCAGCCAUUGGUAGAGCUAUCGAUGCGCGACUUUGUUGUCAAAUAUGAAAAAUUAUAUCGGAACGAAUUUAGCGUGCAAGUCGCGCUACGCUCCCUACUAAUGGAAGAUCUUUUGUGCCCGAUUGGUUCGCGGCAUCGCUACAUGAUGCAAUCAUCGGCGCCCGCGCGCGCAAAAUUACUCACGGGCGCUUCGAAAUCGUGUCCGGAUCUCGCCUUUGCGCAACAGUACAAAAAUGCCUUCGGUCGUGGCAGUUUACCGGAUCGUCUAGAGACCGAUACUUUAUACGGUACAAUUCCGGCUCACUGGCGCAGAAAACCGACCAUUUCAUCGGCCGAUACGCCGAACACACCACCACCUUCGCCGGGCGGCAUCGCCAGCGAAGAGAACUUGGUGCUAAUGAGUAUCACUAUGAAGCGACCCGAGGAAACUAUGAUAUCGGAGGAAGAUCGGUUUGAUCGGAAAAUGGUAACCGUGGACUUCAAUUGUCUGGACUUAGUGAUAAGCGUGGAGUCGUGGAUGGUGGUAUUUGACUUCUUUGGGAUUGCAGGCUUGUCCGGGACAACGAAUAACGAAAUUGCCACUCGUCAAAUGACGCCGGAUAGCGAUAGUACCAGCGCGAGCAAGAUGGAUGACAAUCUACCGGUGAGAUCGGAAACGGAGAUAGAAGUAAGAUCGUUGACGUUAGUGCUAACGCAACAAGAGCGCGAGAUAGCUAAAGCCAAUGUGUCUAAUGCCAAUGUGCACAUUGUCAAAGCGGUGGACGACAAGACCAAGAUAUCUGGAUCAUUGGGUUCGAUGUCGUUGCUGGAUUUAACGCCGCAUGGUCGAUUCUACCGGAGAUUUCUAUCGUCCGGUAGGAAGGCACUGAAUUUUCAGUAUUCGAGUUAUGCCGACUGCGAGGAUCGACCACAUGACGCGCGACUUAAACUAGAGAUGUCCGCCGUACAUUACGUUCACACGCAGAGAUUUGUGGCGGAGUUGCAGGCUUUUUUCGCUCAUUUUUCGCAAUUAUGGAGCAUCAUGAAGAAUCUGCGAUCUGGCGCCGGUGCAGUCAUAGACAUCAUGAAUAAGCGUGGUACGCGACUAUUAUUGCAAUUGCAUGCUGGUGCGCCGGUGAUACUGUUACCGGUGAGUUCCAGAUCCGACAAAUUGAUUCUGCUGGAUUUAGGAGAGCUCACAGCGCACAAUAGAUUUGAUACGUCGACAAUUGUUCCGGAAUGCAUGCUGGACGUGAUGCUGCUCGAGCUGGUCAACAUGGACAUCUACGCGGCGGAAAGAUUCAAGUGCGACGACUCGAACUUAAACGGACAUUCAGACACUUUGACGGUGGGCGGCUUUCUCAUCAAGAAAAUGGGCUCCUCGCUGCUUACGGAGAAGUGUCAUCUAAAACUGCGCGUCGAGCGGAAUCUUGACACUUAUAUUAGUCGCGACAUACCCGAUCUCAGUGUGCACGGUAUACUAUCAACGAUGGAUUGUGCCUUGGACCCGGCGCAAUACAUGUUGAUUCGUGGCCUUUUGUCUUAUAACAUUGGUGAGAACCUAGACGAUUUGCGUCUUUUUGUGCAGGACUUGAAUCACACAGUGGAAUAUGCGAUUCCGACAGUAGAUAAUCGAUUGAAGACAUGGACCCGAUCCUGCAUAAUCCUCGAGUUAGUAAACGUGAGGGUAAAAUUACAUCCGAGUCAUAACAUCGCAGCGUUGGCAUGCAUUAACUUCAUAAAGUCCCGACUGACAUUGGAUUCACUGAGCGACGGUUCGCAGGACAUUGAUCUGGUAUCACAGGAAAUUCUAAUUAUGGACACGCGUUUCCAAAAUGAACCGGUUGAUCGGCAAUGUAACGUGUUCACGCGAAUCCUGCAACCGUUGAGGAACACGACCGAUAGCAGUAUAGCGGAGGAUCGUGUUCAAGCUGAAGUGCAUCACCGGAAGCGGAAAGCUUAUUCGGCGACUACUAUUUUGUUGCAUAGCAUGCGAUUGACAGCUAUUUUGGACUGGUGGCAGGCCGUACGAGACUUUCUGUUGCUGAACUCGCCAGAACCGGAGCCUUUACUCGGCACCGCUCAGAUGUCAACCGUCAAUCAAGAAGCGGAACUCGAUUCCGCGACCAUGGCUAUACCGUUUGAAUUGAAGGUCAACAUUACUGAUUCCGAACUGGUUAUCGUCGAGGAUACCGCAAUUCUCGACACCAAUGCCGUGAUUCUCAAAACUACUGCUGUUCUGUCGUAUCGCUCGAUAUCGCAGGAGGGCGAGAAACCAUUGUCCUGCAAUCUCUCGCACUGUGAAUUAUUCUCCUGCAUUUUGGGUCAGGAAAACGAGACUGCCUUGUCGAUUAUAGAUCCGGUUGGAGCAAGUCUAGAUCUAACUCAAGACAAGGGCCUAGAGAUUCAAUUGCAACCGUUAUGCGUCCGAUUGAGCUAUCACGACGUGACCAUGUUUUCUAGAAUGUUAAAUUCGCUUCCCAAGCAAACCUUAUGGGCGAAACAGAGAUCGAGCGAAGUGGCGGAGGGUAGUCAAUUGUUAAUGGAUAAUCAGGUAUUAAAACUGGUUAAUUUAGGUUUUGCAGAAGCCGACUGUAAGAUCGCAUUGGAUCGCUGCGAUGGCCAGCUGGACGACGCUGCUUUGUGGCUCACGCAAAAUGCAGAGCCGACAGGUUCCGAUGCUGCAGCCGCAGCCGCAAGUAAUGAUUCGAUCUUCCGCUCUGUAGAAUUGGAAGCGUCUUGCAUUCGAAUCUGCAUCAUUGACGACUGUCGUGACGCGGAUGUGCCACUGCUGGAGAUCACACUGGCGGAUUUUAGCAUGCGAAAGAUAAGACAGCAGCCUGGUUUUCUAUCUGCCACUUUUAGUGUGGAUUAUUAUAAUCGAGUGUUGAGCGGCUGGGAACCGUUUGUCGAACCUUGGCAAGCAAACAUUCAGUGGGAACAGGCGCUCACUGGCUCGCUUGAGCCAAAGAGACUAUAUGUAUCCAUCAACUCCCAGGAUUCUGUGAAUGUUAACGUUACUCUAACAUUAGUGGAGCUCGUGCAACUAGUUAAACACAAUUGGACGCAGGAUUAUUACCUAUCCCAUGAUAGCUCAGUUAUUGAUAAGCCAGUGAUGAGAGGACAAGUGUACCGACGCCGAUCACCCUUUGUACCUUUUGCUUUGAAAAACGAUACCGGUUGUAGACUCUGGUUUAAAACAUUUAUUGCUAUCGCGGAUGAUACGAUAGACAUCGGCAAAAAGUCAUCUCAAGCAAAGAAAAACGUCUCGAAGAAUGAUACGUGGAUAGAGGUAACUCCUGGAGGUACAAUAUCGUUUACAUUCGAAGAGAGAGGCAAGUUGAGACAUCACGCAACGCAUAUCAUCAGAAGACAUCAGAUUGCGGUUUUGAUUGAAGGAUGGAAAGCCGUAGAUCCUGUGACUGUCGAUCGCGUAGGCAUUUACUUUAGACACGCGAACGCUGACAUUGCCGCUGGAUCUCAGUUUCAGACAAUCAUACCUAAAGCUAGAAUUGUAUUCGCUGUAGAAUUGGAAGGAUCCGCUAGAAAAUUAGUCACUAUUAGGUCAGCUCUCCAGGUAUCAAAUAAGCUAGCUCACCCCAUUGAGAUCAAGAUGGAAAAAUCUUUGAACCAAUUGAGAUAUUUACCGCUGACCGCGGCUAACACUGGGAGAAUCCUACAAGUACCGGCACAAUCGGUGAUGUCUGUACCCAUGACGCACACUGGGGUGCAAAUGUGUUUUAAACCGCUCAUCUCGAACUAUUUGUUCCAAUAUUGUGUGGAAUCUGUAGACUGGACGGAAGUUAAGAAACCGUUGGAAGUAACGGAAAGCUACAUUACUUGUCGAACCAAUCAACAUAAUAUAUUCAGAAUGUGCGUAGCAGUAAGACGAAACAAUUAUCCGCUCGACGGAGUGCAAGUACUGCCGGGACACACAAUCACGGUAAUGGCUCCAAUAACGCUGACGAACUUAUUACCAUACGAACUGAUGUAUGAAGCAAGUAUAGAAGGCGGUAGAAUUGCGCCAGGCUGCAGCGCGGAUCUGCAUUGCGCCAAUCUAACUGAGCAACUGGAAAUUACAAUUCAAUUGGAUGGUUAUCCAGGAUCUGGAAUAAUAAUAUUACCAUCGAACAGCUGUUCCUUCACUGCUCGUCUCAAGCUACUGGAUUCUGCCAGCAGGAUGCUGUGCUUACAGGCAGCCGUGAUCGUGGAGAAGGGUUCAGCUGUGCAAAUCAAUAUAACUGCACCUUACUGGAUCGUAAACAAAACUGGCUUACCGUUGGUGUUUAGACAAGAGGGAGUCGGUAUAGAAGCAGCGGGACAAUUUGAGGAGCAUGAGAGAGCAAGGAUGGUGGCACCAUUACUGUUUUCAUUCAGCGAUGAGGAGGCCAGUAGAACAUUGUCGAUGAGAAUCGGCACCGAGGUACAUCCUUAUGGAAUACCGCAAUGGUCUCAGCACUUUCAUCUACAGCCUGGCAUUCAUGUUCAUCGUUUGAGAAUUAGUCUACGCGAUGGUAGACCCGACAUAGUCUAUUUGAUCAGUGUAGCCACUCGCGCAGCAAGAGGAAGAUAUAGAGCUACUACAGUAGUCACAUUAUCGCCGAGAUAUCAAUUGCAUAAUAAAUCAUCUUAUACGUUGGAGUUGGCCCAGAAAUGUUUUACGACGACGGUCUCUCAUCUGGAUGCUCAGGCGACAUAUAUAACAACCAUGCCCGAGUGUCACAUGCCUUUCCAUUGGCCACGACUGGACAAAGACUUGUUGCUCUGCGUCAGAAUCACCAAUGUGCCGGAUUGCAUGUGGUCAGGCGGUAUCAGAUUGGAUGACAAUUAUUCAUUGACUAUUAACGUCAGGGACAUGAUGGGAAAAAUGCAUUUUCUACGGGUGGAUGUGGUGCUGCAGGAGACUACUUACUUCAUUGUAUUCACCGAUGCCGAUACUAUGCCGCCGCCUAUACGAGUAGACAAUUUCUCGGAGGUUCCAUUGAUUGUUAAUCAGAUUGGAGUUCCUGAUAAUUUGCAAUGGACCGUGAGACCUCACUCCUCGGUACCAUACGCUUUAGAUGAACCAAUACAAACUGCCGGUUUAGUGUUAACAGCACCUGGAAGCGUGACAGCCUCUUAUGAUUUAAAUAUACUCGGAGAGGGCAGAGGACUGACUUAUGAAAACUUUAUUUACAUUGCGUUUUCGGGUACCUUCAAAACCGAUUCUGAUCUCGGAUCAGGCGAAAACGAUCUGGAUCCGCUGGAUGUAGAAACUCAGAGAUUAGUUUUGGAAGCUGGCUCUGGUGGUUGGGUCGCUUUGCGGAGAAAACAAUAUGGCGAUAGGUCGCAACUUUGGAGAAUGACUGGUGACGGACAAUUGCAGCACGAAGGUUCUAGUCCACCGAGAGACAAGCAUUCCAAAACUCCGGACACGAUAUUUGUUUUGGACAUAGCGGGCACCGCGCCGCAACCGUUUACUUAUUGCGCUCUUGCGCUGAAAAAACCGGAUCCUAGGCGAAGAUCGACGCAAACUUGGCGAUUCACCGAUGAUGGACGAUUAUGCUGCGCGCAUAAAAAUAUGUGCGUUCAAUCGAAAGACGGCUUUAUGGGAUUAUACGAAGGCGGCAGUGUCGCCCGUUGGCAAAUGUGGAGCGAAGCAGUAUUAGGUCCUCAAGUGCACGGUAAUCCGCCACCAAUCGAACAACGAGUGGGUAGACAAAAGUUACGACCGGGUUCUGGAUUUUUAUCGGUCAGAGUGACUACUGAUGGUCCGACCCGCGUUUUGCAAGUCCUGGACAUUAAGGAAAGGAAAAAAACAUUUGCUCUACUCGAAGAACGCGAUUGGUCACACAUCGCUGUUAGUCACCGGCCUACCCGGAUUGACGCCGAUAUAAAAAAAAUGGAUUCCGGUGAAAUAGAUCUAAAGUUGAACUUAUCAGCUGGCCUCGGAUUGUCCAUCGUAUCGCAACGGCCGCUGGAAGAGCUGUUAUUCGCGCGAUUAGCUGGAAUAUCUUUGAAUAUGUUGCAAACCCCGUUAAAUACCACGUUGGAUCUGAGUGUCGCCGACGUGCAAAUCGAUAAUCAAUUAUUCGAAGCGCAAUGCACGUCGGUUUUAUUCGUGACACGUUCAUCCCGCACGGAAGAUGAGUAUCGACCCGCUCUCCACGUGGCUGUAGAGAAGCUACAAUCGAAGAAUCAAAACGCCGAGAUAUAUAAACACGUCAUAGUGAGUGUCAAAGCUUUGUGCGUACAUCUGGAAGAGAAAUUUAUCCUAAAAUUGGCAGCGUUCCUCGGAAUUGGUAAAUCGGAACUGGAAAUGCCGGUCGAUGAGAAUGAUUUCAAAGCGCAGAGGUUUAUCUCUGAGGUAUCCGCGGCGCAUGCUAAAAGAUAUUAUUUUGGUGCUUUGAAGCUCGUUCCUAAUCAGGUAAAACUCAGUGUGCUCACUACGACGAAGUUGCCGCAUCAUCUGCAAGCCGUAAAAAGGAAAUUAGGCUUGACACUGAUUAAUUUCGAGAACGCUACUAUCGAAUUGGAGCCAUUCGUGAAGAAGCAUCCUUUCGAAAGUAGUCAGUUCUUGAUGCAUUCCAUUGUGAAACAUUACAAAGAUGAAUUGAAAUGGCAAGCUGCAGUUAUUUUGGGUUCCGUGGACUUCUUAGGGAAUCCUCUUGGAUUCAUGAAUGAUGUGACGGAAGGCGUUUCUGGUCUUAUCUACGAAGGCAGCGUAAAGAGUCUAGUGAAAAAUGUCACGCAUGGUAUUUCGAAUUCAGCAGCGAAAGUGACGGAAUCUUUGUCGGACGGUUUAGGAAGAGUGAUUAUGGAUGAGAGGCAUGAAGAGGCCAGACAGAGAAUCCGAGCAAAUACUACAGGUAGCAGCGAUCACUUAGUUGCGGGUCUGAAAGGUUUCGGUUUUGGUUUGUUGGGUGGUGUCACUAGUAUAUUCAAACAGACCUAUGACGGAGCAACUAAUGAGGGUUUUCCGGGCUUCUUUGCGGGUUUUGGAAGAGGAGUGGUUGGUACGAUAACAAAACCGGUCGUUGGGGUUUUAGAUCUAGCAACAGAAACAGCUAGUGCUGUACGAGAGACAAGUAGAAGCGCUCAUCGCGCGAUACCGAAGCGCGAUCGACCGCCACGUGUCGUCAGUGGUUCCACUGGAUUGUUGCCGCCAUAUAAUCGCCAGCAGGCUGAAGGACAGGAGUUCCUUUAUAGCAUUAAUAAUCGUGACUAUUCGGAACUUUUUGUGGCUUACGAGUGUCUGUGUAGCGGUACGGAGAAUCUUAGAAUGCUCGUAUCUAAUGAGAGAGUACGUGUUAUCUCGGGUGGCACGAAGGCCGUGGUGACUCAAGUCAAUCUGGCGGAUCUUCUGCGUUGUCAACCGAUGCAAAAAACGCAAAGCAAUAAUGUAAUCCUGUAUUACAUAGAGCUGAUAUCCAGAUUUGAUUCAACAGCCGCGGUCAAUUUGGAUGGAGUGGCCGAGUUAUUGAGGCGACCGAAAGUGCGCUGCGAUAACGAAGAAGUGGCGAAACGCGUAUCACAACAAAUCAAUUAUGCCAAAGGAAUGCACGAGGAACGAAGCCUGACGUUAUCAUCGUCGGAUAAUAUGUUGGACGACGUACAAUACUAUAAAUAAUCUGCUCGCGCAGAUUGACUGGGUUUCGUUCUUAUUUCUGAUCCGAUUUUUUGACAUACUAGUCGAAUUUUCAACUUUUCCCUCAUAGAACGCCCGAUCGGUAUGAACGCCUUAGUUAUGACGCUUAACAUUAAGUUUAAAAAGACUGAUGCAAAGUACCAUAUUAACUAAAUAAUUAUUACUUGCCGACAUACGAGUCGUUUGUAAUUUAAGCGUACUUGAAUGAUGGUUUUGCGUUUUACAAUUGUGGCGCAGGUAACGCAGCAAUUUUUGAUACGUAUUAAUAAGAUGUAAUAAAGUAGGCAGAACACUGAAAAAUUUUCUAAUAAUGUACAUACGCACGCGUGUAUAUUCUUUAAUAUUGCAGAUACAUGAUUCUGUAUGAUGCAUAUUCAGUGUCUUAAGUCACUUCUUUCCAAUGAAACUUUAGAGUCGAUUUUAAAUGAGAAUGUGUAAUGAUAAAUUUUAUAAUCUCUGCAAUAAAAUGCUAACAAUUCUUUUUAUUAUAUUUUUUUUUAUUGUUUUUAACUCAAAGUUUCCAGUUUAUAAUAGAUUCGAAAGUUUCCUUCACAAUUGGCUUGGUUUCUAUAAUUGGGAUAUGUUGAUUUUGAGGCACACUGUACAUGUAUUUAUAUGUACAUAUGUAAUUAAAAUUAGCGGAUUAUAGAUUGCUUAUUUACGAAAUUAAAGAUUUAGAUUUAAUGCUGUAUAUUAUAGUAUAUUAGAAACAAUUAAAUCAAAAUUUUUCUGCUUUAUCUUUUGUUUUUUUAGUCAUAAUAUUCUAGGCUGUAUUCUAAUAUUUACUGCCAGUAUUAAAAAUUUAUACUAUACAUGACAUAAACUAUGAACAAAACUAGAUUUUCAAUACUGGCAGUGAAUCAGAACAUAGUCUUAAUGUGCUACUUUGUAUAGAAACAAUGUAGAUUUUCUCUUAAGGCUCUUUUAGGAAAUUUAUAACUUGCAACAAAAUUCAAAACAGAGAUCUAAUUAUAAUUUUAUGCAUCACAAGUUUUGAUGUAUAUAUGUAUUUUGAUAUAUAUUUUGAUUUAUAUGUAUUGAAUGUGUUCAAAAAUAUUUUUUGUAUUAUAUGAUACAUAAAAUUUAUAAAUAGAAUUUUGUUUUGUAAAUUUAAGCGAAUUAUAGAUUGUUUAAAGAGGACUUUAUACAUAUGAACAUAUGAUAAAAAUGUACAAGAGAAUUAAAUUAACUCAUAUUUAAGUACUUUUGUAAAGCUGGUGUACAUGCGUACAAAACAAGAAUAUUUGUAAUAUAUUGUAUUGAUAUCACUGUUGAGCAGAUUAAUAAAUGUUAAUAAAUAGCCUUUUUUUCUAUUAA